GGAAUCACCGCAGGCCUGACAGUCACGUUUGGUUGCAGAGGGAAGAGGCUCGCUGCUGAACCGAGGAGCCAUCAGGACGGGACUCCAUAUCCUACCACACCUCUUCUCCUCCUCAGAGCUGCCGCCCCUGCUGCUGGAUCCUCAGCGGGAGCUGCUCUGGAAGUGAUCAACGUGAAUUUAUACUCUUUCCCCUUUUUUAAAAAAAAUAAUCGGAAUGGGUUUCGAAAAGACUUAACCUGGAUGCUUUGCUGUGUACGUGUAUUUAAAACCGCGCCGGUGGAGUUUGCCAACUUUUGUGGAGGUCACUUGUGAAGUCAACUCGGGAGGAGGGGGAACUGAAACUCAAGCAGGCAUGGAUCAAGCCAGCGGUGGAGAGGACCCGAAUAAACCCUCUAAAAAGAAAUCCGGCGAGGAUGAGGGCAAAAACAAAAAGCUGAACAUACACAUAAAAACAUUGGCUGAUGAUAUGCGUGAUCGUAUUACCAGUUUCAGGAAAGCGGGAACGAAAAAGGAGAAGCUGCUUAUACAGCAUUCAACAGAUCUGCUCUCUACCCAGGCUGAAAUGCCCAUUCCUCAGCCGCUCUUUGACGACCGCUCCAUGAACCUCUCAGAAAAGGAGAUCAUCGACCUCUUCGAGAAGAUGAUGGAGGACAUGAACCUGAAUGAGGAACGAAAAGCGCCUCUGCGUGGAAAAGACUUAAGCACCAAACGUGAGAUGGUGGUCCAGUACAUCUCAGCCACUGCCAAAUCUAUAACUGGGAGCAAAGUUCCGGGUGGACUAAGGAACAGUAAGCAUGAGUGUACACUUUCAUCGCAAGAAUAUGUCCAUGAGCUGCGUUCUGGCAUCACAGAAGAAAAGCUGCUCAAUUGCCUGGAGUCCCUCAGAGUGUCUCUCACGAGUAACCCUGUCAGCUGGGUGAAUAACUUCGGUCAUGAGGGUCUUGGUCUUCUUCUGGAUGCUUUGGAGAAGCUGCUGGACAAGAAACAACAAGAGAGUAUUGAUAAAAGGAACCAGCAUAAACUUAUCCAGUGCUUGAAGGCUUUCAUGAACAAUAAGUAUGGACUGCAAAGGAUCUUGGGAGAUGAGCGGAGCCUAUUGCUGCUGGCUCGAGCAAUUGACCCCAAACAGACCAACAUGAUGACAGAGAUUGUCAAGAUUCUCUCUGCCUUCUGUAUUAUUGGAGAGGAAAAUAUCUUGGAUAAGAUUCUAGCUGCCAUGACAAUUGCUGCAGAGAGGAACAAUAAAGAGAGGUUUGCCCCAAUCGUUGAAGGGCUGGAGAACCAUGAAGCGCAGCAGCUCCAGGUUGCCUGCAUGCAGCUGAUCAAUGCUCUGGUCACUUCCCCGGAUGACCUCGACUUCCGGAUACAUCUGCGGAACGAGUUCUUGAGAUGUGGCCUCAAGAAGAUCCUGCCUGAGCUAAAAGAGACAGAGGAACUUGACAUCCAGCUGAAGGUGUUCAAUGAGAACAAGGAGGAGGACUCUAUUGAACUCUCCCAUCGCCUGGAUGACAUCCGCGCUGAGAUGGAUGAUAUGAAUGAAGUAUACCAUCUCCUGUCCAAUAUGGUGAAAGACACCGGCUCAGAGACAUACUUCCUGUCCAUCCUUCAGCACCUAUUGCUCAUCAGGAAUGACUAUUACAUCAGGCCUCAGUACUACAAGGUGAUAGAAGAAUGCGUGUCUCAGGUGGUGCUGCAUCGCAGCGGGAUGGACCCUGACUUUGGCUACAGUAAAAGAUUGGACGUCGACUUCACCCAUCUGAUUGAUCAGUGUGUGGAUAAAGCCAAAGUUGACGAGAGUGAGCAGAAAGCUGCCGAGUACUCCAAAAAGUUUGAUGAGGAGUUCAGUGCACGGCAGGAGGCCCAGGCAGAGUCUCAAAAGAAGGAAGAGAGAAUCAAAGAGUUGGAGGGGAAGAUCCAGGCCCUGGAGUCCCAGAUUGCAGCAGGUCCACCUGCAUCAGGAGCACCAUUAGCAGGGGGUGCAGCAGCUCCACCUCCUCCUCCUCCACCUCCUCCGCCACCUCCACCUGGUGGAUGUCCUCCUCCUCCACCGCCUCCUCCUCCUCCUCUCUUUGGCCAUGCAGGCAUUCCACCGCCACCUCCACCACCUCCUCCUCCAGGUGGAGGACCUCCACCUCCCCCACCACCCCCAGGUUGUGGGCCCCCGCCUCCACCGCCUUUCUUCGGGGGCCCAGGUGGGCCUCCGCCACCUCCAUCGUUUCCUGUCGUCAAGCUGCCUUAUGGGCUGAAGCCCAAGAAGACCUACAAGCCUGAAGCUGUAAUGAAGCGGAUCAACUGGACCAAGAUAGUGCCUCAGGAAAUGGCAGAGAAUUGCUUCUGGAUCAAAGUCAAAGAAGAGAAGUUUGAGAAUCCUGACCUAUUUGCUCAGCUCUCCCUCUGCUUCUCCUCACAGAGCAAAGUGAAAAAAGACACGAAAGAUGAAACUGACGACAGGACGCCUCAAUUCAAGAAGAAGGUGAAGGAGCUUCGCAUCUUGGACGCUAAGACAGCACAGAAUCUUUCAAUUUUCUUGGGCUCGUUCCGCCUGCCUUAUGAAGAGAUCCGGGACAUUGUGCUGGAGGUGGACGAGGAAAGACUGAGCGAAUCACUCAUCCAGAACCUGAUAAAGAACCUGCCAGAGCAGAAAGAGCUGAAUGCACUGGCGGAACUAAAGGGUGAAUACGAAGAGCUAGUGGAGUCGGAGCAGUUCGGCAUUGUGAUGAGUUCAGUAAAGCUGCUUCGGCCACGUCUCAACGGCAUUCUGUUCAAGCUGACGUUUGAGGAGCAGGUGAACAACAUCCGACCAGAUAUUAUGAAUGUGACGUUUGCCUGUGAGGAGGUGAAGAAGAGCGACAGCUUCAGCAAGCUCCUGGAGUUGGUGUUGCUGGUCGGCAAUUACAUGAACGCAGGAUCAAGGAAUGCUCAGACGUUUGGUUUCAACAUCAGUUUCCUCUGCAAGCUGCGGGACACUAAAUCCAUCGGUCACAAUACAACACUUCUUCAUUUCCUGGCUCAGAAGUGUGAAGAGAGUCAUCCGGAGAUCUUGGGUUUUCCAGAUGAGCUGGAACAUGUGGAGAACGCCAGCAAAGUGUCGGCUGAGAUCUUGAAAGGCAGUUUGACUACCAUGGAACGUCAAAUUCAGAGGCUCGAGAACGACAUUGAGAACUUUCCCAAAAAAGAUGACCAGCAAGAUAAGUUUGUGGAAAAAUUGUCGGGCUUCUGCAAGCAUGCCCGGGAGCAGUAUGAAAAGCUUUCCACUAUGCAUAAGAACAUGCAGAAGCUCUACGAGAGCAUCGGCAACUUUUUUGCCUUUGACCCUCACUCAGUCAGCCUGGAAGAUUUCUUCGGAGAACUGGCCAACUUCAUCAUACUCUUCAUGGAAGCAGUGAAGGAGAACCACAAGAAGAGGGAGAUGGAGGAGAAGAUCAAGAGAGCCAAGCUGGCGAAGGAGAAAGCGGAGCGCGAGAAGCAGGAGCGCCAGCAGAAGAAGAAGCAGCUGAUUGACAUGAACAAAGAGGGAGAUGAAACCGGUGUGAUGGAUAGCCUAAUGGAAGCUCUACAGUCCGGAGCAGCCUUCCGUGAUCGACGAAAACGGACCCCGCGUAACGGUGAUCAAAGCCCUUCCAGUCCAGCCUCUCGGUGGCCGGGUGCUAACUAUGACAACCGCCGCGCAGUCCUGGAAAGGUCUCGCUCACGCCACAACGCAAAUCACCAAGCUCGAUGAUCGCCCGCGCCUACCACAAGACGCUAGAUAAGUGCCAAAGAGGCCUGCGAGGUGGAGAUCCUGAAGACGUCUGAGGGAGGAACAGACCACCCCCCACUGUGGCACGCACACACACGCACACACACACACACACACACACACACACAAACACACACACACACAGCACCAAGUUCAGAACAGAAUAGCCAGAGGAAGAACUGAAGGAUCUAUAUUACAUCACACAGACAUUUCAUUUUAAUGCCUCUCAUCUGACACAUUACAUAUUUAUUCAAUACUCUCUCUAAAUGCUCACGUCCUCUGUAGAUGGUUUGAUCCAUAAAUUGAAACAGUUCACACGCUGCUGCUGUCUGAGACGAAAGUUUUCCAUUUCUUGAAAAGGCAGAGCCUUGAAUUUGAAUCCUUUUCAAUCAAACUGUUCACAUACAGUUUUGAUAAAGAAAGUGCUGUGUUUUGAAAGUAGACAUUCAGCCGAGAAGGACCGCACCAUAUAGAAUGUUUAUCAUCCAGAGGAACGUUCCACACACGGUUCGUUCAGCUCCCACGCUGGCGAGUCUGCAGCCUCCUGACGUUUCCUCCAACAAGGCAUCGAUCUCUCAACAGAAGAGGGAGUGGUGUGUUUUCUUUUCCUUUUCCAUCCCUCCUUUAACCAACAUCUAAAAAAGUAAAUGUACGGAAGAAUCCACAUGAAUCAUUGUAUUUCAUCUCCUCUAAAGCCGCUAGAGCUGGACCCCGUGUACGCCGAGAUUUCAGAGCAUGUGACUCAUGGAUUUUGAAAGUGUAAUCACCAUUUUGACAAGAUGCAUUUUAUUUUUAGCUGUGUAAUAUCUAACCAAUGCCUUCCGGGUGCUGAUCUCUGUCCCAAGGUCGCUUUUGCUGUUAACAUGAAAGACUGACAUAUUUCUAAAUGCAUAUAACUGCCUGGAGACGCUAACGUGAACUCUGUGACCUUCCCUGCAGUCACACAGGUUUCCAGUGGGUCUGACAGUACAAUGACAAAAAAAAAAAAAAAAACUCAAUCUGUAUAUUUCUUUUUUUAAAUGUAGAAUUUUAAAUCUUUUUAAAUCUUUUGGAAACCAGUGGUGCAGAUUUUCAGUAUUUUUUCUUCCCCAAUUGAGAGAAAUGAAAAUACACAGAUAUAAUCUCCUCAAAGAAACAUGGAUGUGUUUCUGCUUGUGUUCACAUGUUGAUAUAUUUAUGUAUAUUCUAUACAUAAAUAUAUCAACAUUCACAUUUUGAUAUAUUUAUGGAGAAUAUACAACAGAUUCUGACAUAUAUUUAAGCCUUGAUGAACCACAGGCAUUAUUUUAUUCAUAAAUUGAAACGCCUUUGGGGAAAAGAGCAGUGAAAAUCUACUAAAGGAAACCCGUGGCUCAAACACUAAAGGGUUUUUAACACUCUAUUAAAGAGCCUGUUUCCUGGCGGGAUACUUCACAGUUGUUCUCAGUAACAUCUUCCAUCUGAUGGAGCUUUACAGCAUCAAAACAAUCCCCUAAAUCCUCUGUGUUUGUGCACCAAAUAGUGGAAAAUGUGCUCUAAGCUCUUCCUCUGUAAGGACCCACUGUCACGAUUCCUUCACGUGAGCUAUUUAUUCAUAUAUUCACGCUGAGGGUGGCCCUGUCCCCUCACUGUAAGCAGAUGCUACUAAAAACAACCAUUGAAUCCACACGGAGCACGACGACGGCCAGAUUAAUCGACUAAGGGGGAGAACAGGAUCCUUGUCUUAACAAGUGAGUCUCCAAACGUCCUCCGAUUCCCUGGCACAUGGCGUAGGGGACCUUUUCCUAUAACACAGGUCACUUUAGUAAUACCACAACUCUGCUUAAGGCUUUUUGUAUGUGUGUGUGUGUGUGUGUGCCUGCACCAUUCCAGCUCAGUACUCUGAACAGGAGCUCGGGCAAAAUAGAAUUCCGUGUGUUUGACUCCUGGGGUGAAUAGAUGGAGAUUUUUCAUUUAAACAAUCUGCCAGUGCUGCUUGUGAUGUGUCGGUUUCAUGACACCCCCCCCCCAGCCUGCAUGCUUCUAAAAAUGCAAUUUUACACAUCGUCUCAGCUCAAGGUGCAUCCACAACGCUCAGAGAAAUCUGCAUAUUUAAGAAGUCAAUAAUUCUCUGAGUACGAGGUUGGAGAAGUUGCAGACAAGAGAAGGAGGUCUCUGCAUGGGUGGGCUUUGGAUGGAGGUGUGUUGUUACUAACUUUUUCGAAUCGCCCUUCGUCCUCUCCACCUCCACAUCUGUGCAGCUUCAAGUGUUAAAUAAGACUCUUUUGUAGAAGUUCUCAAUUAACACCAAUGUCUGCAGGGACAUUUGGUGUUUCUUCAUUUUAUGAUUCGAUAUUGUUAACGCCACAACAGCCAGUGGCUUCUGGGUAACAUUUACAGUGUACAUUUGUUCUGAAGAAUUUGCCUAAUAACUUUUUCUUUGUUGUUUAAUCAUUAAGAUUUUUUUUUACCCCACAUGUGCCACUUUUUGUUUAUUGGUUUGUUUUUGGGAAAACACCACAAUGACAGAAUAUCAAUGUUUUAAAUUUUAGUUUGGAUAUUAAAGGGAGUGCAGGUCUCUCUGAAACUUUAAGAAAGAUUGUACAGACAUAAAAAAAAACUUGAUUUAUUUAGUCCUUCAUCCUUUAAUGAACAUUGAUCUGAUUAAGAACUGUCACUCUGAGUUUGAGAUUUUGACGUGAUGACAGAAUGACUUGUCUUGUGGUAGUUUACAUCUGAAACAUCUUUUGUAAGAUGUCGUUUAUUUGGACUCUUAAAGAAAUGUAAUGACUUCAUCGUAGAUCGUCAUGAGCUACAGUGUUAGCCAUUGUAGAAGUGUCAACAGGAAAUUGAAUGUGUAUAAUACAUCAGAAAACAUUGAUUUUUGCCAUUUGUUAGAUCAAGUGACUGGAGAGAAGUAAAUUAUUUUUCCUAUAAAAAGUAACUAAAGGCUUAAAAAACAUUCAACCUUAAGAGAAACUUCUACAAUGACAACAUUCCUCAUCAGCCAUGUAAGUGAUUGUUGUAUUUCUCCCUCUAUCCCGUCUUUUAGGAUAAUCAGAGUUAUGUGUUUUUUAGAAAAUAGCAGCAGAGAUUCAGAUCUGAGAGUCUGAACUCUUCCAUUAUUUAGUGAGGGCCCUGACGCCCUGAUCAUUCCAUCGUCUUUUAGCUUGUGAACUAACAAACUGAGGUUAGGACUUGUGCUCAUGGUGAUUGUAAGAAUGAGGAGGCAGGGGUAUGAAACGAUUCAUCAAUACAUUUGCAAAGGUGCUUUUUCCAUGGUGACUGGUGGCGAGCACUUUUAUUCAGAGACAAGUUUGCAAAUGUAACUUACACUCAUUGGCUGUGCACUUUACCUCACGAGAUAUUCUGCUCAGGCAGAGGAAGAGCGGACAUGUCUGACAUUGCCACUAACAGAGUGAACUAUUUGCAAAGUCUUUCUUCUGGUAAAUAGUUCGCAGCUGCCACAUAUCCAGUUCUUCCCUGGUUUGUUAGCGCUUUCUAUUGAUUUGUGGGAGACCAAUUAUGGUUGAAUCAACAAACAACCCUCACAACUGUUGACAAACCCGCUCUGACCACAAUGUGUAAGCUGCCGUAUCCCUGCCUACCUUCCAUGUUGUCAUUGAGUUUGUUUUAUUGUCUUAAGAAACAUUUAUAUUUGUAACAUUUUAAGUUUAUUUGUAUCCUUAAGAAAAUGAAAACAUGGUUAUGCACACUGUCCUUUCAUGGAAUAUGAUACUGCAUAAUAACCCCUUUGUUAUAUAAACUUAUUUCUGAAAGAUA